CAGCGCCCCUUACUGCGCAUGCGCCACUCACUCAAGGGCUCCACUGUCAUGGCGCUGGCGAGCUGAAGCUACCGGGGUAAAUCAGGAAGAGAAAAGCAGCGCAGCUGGGUUAACGUUGACAUUUAGGCGAGUGUGAGGAGUUUGCCGGCGUGGAGGACCGAGCGGACUACUGUCCCUUUAGUCGACUCCAACCGGAGCUGCAGCCGGACUCACCCCCUUUCACAGUUUGUUGAGUUUUUUUUUUGCUUCUGCCCAAGCGCGCUACCUGUCAAGUGUCACUGACAAUAGCAACUUCACUGCUGUACCAAGAGAUAAAGUCACCGUAUCCUCGUCUAGCGUUUUUAACCGAGCAGCGGGGGGAAGAGGCUCUGCUUCACCUGCCUCUUGUUACCUGCCUGCAGUGGACUUCCUGACGGCUUUUAGCGGCAUUAAUCCAUCCGUCUGGGAUCAAGUUACGGACCAGGGGAGAGGAGUAGUUCACUGACAUUUCCAGCCCCGCAGUGUCAACGCUAACGAUUAUCUUUGAGCCCACUUUUUUUUUUUUUUGCUAAACUGUUUUUGGAUGGGGAGGAAAACGUUUGGUUUGUGUGCCUGUAGACUGUCAACAACUCAGCUGAAGGGGAGAUAGGAGCCCCUCUUUCUCCUCCUCCUCCCGACAUCGGCUGCUCUGUCACCAUUGGAGUUGAACAGGUGCCUUACCUGUGAACACCACCUGUCCCGUCCUUCCCCCUUUUUUUUAGCAAAUGGCUAGCGAGGAGACGGCGGGCGCUGCGCAGCCAGGUGAUGGAAAGGACGGGAGAGCGGGCGCCAUAGCGCUCAACCCCGGAGUGCCUAUCAGGGGGAUAAGGAUGAAAUUCGCCGUGCUCGGUGGCCUGGUGGAAGUUGGGGAAGUUUCCAACCGAGACAUUGUGGAGACUGUGUUCAACCUGCUGGUCGGCGGCCAGUUCGACCUCGAGAUGAACUUCAUCAUCCAGGAACCCGAGAGCAUCGUGUGCAUGGUGGAGCUGCUGGACAAGUGUGAGCCCACCUGUCAGGCCGAAGUCUGGAGCAUCUUCACCGCCAUCCUCAAGAAGAGCGUCCGCAACCUGCAGGCGUGCACCGACGUGGGGCUCAUCCAGCAGGUGCUCGAUCGUAUAUCCACCACGGACAGCAUGAUCGCAGACCUACUGGUGGACAUGUUGGGCGUGCUCGCCAGCUACAGCAUCACAGUAAAAGAGCUGAAGCUUUUCUUCAGCAAACUGCAAGGGGAGAAAGGCCAGUGGCCUCGUCAUGCAGUCAAACUGUUGUCGGUUUUGAAGUACAUGGCUCAUAGGAAUGGCCCUGACUCAUUCUUCAGUUUUCCAGGGAAAAAUGCAGCUGCUAUAGCUCUGCCUCCUAUAGCAAAAUGGCCGUACCAGAGUGGGUUUACAUUCCACACAUGGCUCCGCAUGGAUCCUCUCAACAACAUCAAUGUAGACAAAGACAAGCCUUACUUGUACUGUUUCCGCACCAAUAAAGGCAUGGGUUACUCCGCACACUUUGUGGGUGGCUGUUUGAUAGUGACCUCAUUAAAAUCCAAGGGGAAAGGAUUCCAGCACUGUGUAAAGUAUGACUUCAAACCCCAGAAGUGGUACAUGGUGACUCUUGUUCAUGUCUACAACCGCUGGAAAAACAGUGAAAUUAGCUGCUAUGUGAAUGGGGAACUGGCCUCCUUUGGAGACAUCGCCUGGUUUGUCAACACCAGUGACACGUUUGACAAGUGUUUCCUGGGAUCGUCGGAGACAGCAGAUGCCAACCGUGUGUUCUGCGGACAGAUGGGUGCAGUUUACCUGUUUGGAGAAGCUCUCAGCGCUGCUCAGAUCCUGGCCAUCUAUCAGCUGGGACCGGGCUACCAGGGUACAUUCAAGCACAAGGCGGAAAGUGACUUGCUGUUUGCUGAGCAUCAUAAGACCUUACUGUAUGAUGGCAAGCUGUCCUCGAGUAUUGCCUUCACGUAUAACCCUCGCGCCACAGACGCCCAGCUCUGCCUUGAGUCCUCCCCGAAGGACAAUGCCUCGAUUUUCGUCCACUCACCCCACGCACUCAUGCUGCAGGACGUGAAGGCCGUGGUGACUCACUCAGUCCAGAGUGGCAUUCACUCUAUCGGAGGCGUGCAGGUCCUCUUCCCUCUGUUUGCACAGCUGGAUUACAGCCAGCCCUCUUCCAGCCACGAGCUGGACACUUCUGUCUGCUGCACUUUGCUAUCCUUUGUGAUGGAGCUCUUGAAGAACUCGGUGGCUAUGCAAGAGCAGGUCCUCGCCUGCAAAGGCUUUCUCGUCAUUGGCUACACUUUGGAGAAGUCUUCCAAGGUGCAUGUGACGCGGCCCGUCCUGGACAUCGUGCUGGCCUUUUCCAGAUACCUUAGCAACUUGCAGAAUGGCAUCUUGCUGCUCAAGCAGCUGUGUGACCACAUUCUGUUCAACCCUGCCAUCUGGAUCCAUGCCCCUGCCAAGGUGCAGCUAACACUCUACACUUACCUGGCAACAGAGUUCAUCAGCACAGUGACCAUCUAUAACACCAUUCGCAGGGUGGGCACUGUACUCCAGGUCAUGCACACACUGAAAUUCUACUACUGGAUUACCAACCCCCAGGACCGCAGUGGAGUCGUGCCCAAAGGCCUUGAGGGUCCAAGGCCAAACCAGAAGGAGAUCCUGUCUUUGCGAGCCUUUCUGCUGUUGUUUGUCAAGCAGCUCAUAAUGAAGGAUCAUGGAGUGAAGGAAGAUGAGCUACAGAGUAUCCUCAACUACCUCCUGACCAUGCAUGAGGAUGACAAUCUCAUGGAUGUACUGCAGUUGCUGGUGGCUCUGAUGUCGGAACAUCCCGGCUCCAUGGUCCAGGCCUUCGACCAGCGGAACGGGAUUCGUGUGAUUUACAAGCUUUUGGCCUCAAAAAGUGAAGGAAUAAGAGUGCAGACACUCAAAGUGAUGGGCUACUUUAUGAAACACUUGCCACCAAAGAGGAAACCUGAGGUCAUGCUGAGUCAUGGCCUUUUCUCCCUGCUCACCGAACGCCUGAUGCUCCACUCCAGCCAGUUCACAAUGACAACCUACAACGUGCUGUUUGAGAUUCUUACAGAGCAGAUCUGCACUCAAGUGAUCCAUAAACAGCAUCCGGACCCCGACUCCACUGUGAAGAUUCUCAACCCACAGAUUCUGAAGGUAAUCGCUGCCCUGCUGAAGAACUCUCCCCCAACCCCCGAGAGCAUGGAGGUGCGCAAGGUCUUUCUGUCAGACAUGAUCAAACUGUUCAAUAACAGCCGAGAGAACCGCAGGAGCCUGCUGCAGUGCUCGGUGUGGCAGGAGUGGAUGCUCUCUCUGUGCUUCAUCAACCCGCAAAACAGCGAGGAGCAGAAAAUCACAGAGAUGGUGUACGCCAUCUUCCGCAUCCUGCUCUACCACGCCAUCAAAUAUGAGUGGGGCGGCUGGCGCGUCUGGGUGGACACCCUGUCCAUCACCCACUCCAAGGUCUCCUUUGAGCAGCACAAAGAGAAUCUGUCCCGUAUGUUCCGUCAGUACCAGCGCCGGGAGUCUGCAGGCUCCCAGAGCACGAUCCGAACCAUCUCCGGUGUCAGCCAAAGCUCGGAGAACAUGGAUUGUGUCAACGGGCCGCCUUUAGAGGAGACGCCGCCUUCCACCGUCAUUGAGCUCAGGGUGGACGACCUGUCCCAGAAGUCCCCCGAAUCGUCAAGUUCCACCGUCACGUCCAGCCCGACGGAGGCUGCUGACGGUAGGGGCGGUGCAUCCAUCACUGUGUCCAACAUCCUGGCCAGGGCAGAAGAAGAAGAGCAGAAGUUUGAGGAGUCUUCCAAGGAGGGUGCAGGGGAUGAUGGGAAAGAGACUGAAGCUACUGUGACGCAAAAAGACGAUAAAGAUAAAGAGGAAGAGACCAAGGAGCAGGAACCAGAGACUGACAAGAACAAGGAUGAUCUGCAAACUUCAGUUAGCCCUCAAGUUGAAACAGAUGACCUAAAAGCAGUGGAAGAGGUUAAAGACUCUGCUACAACAUCUGCAACUGGUGAGGCAGAAACACCUGAAACAGAUGAUGAAAAAUCCGAACAUAUCAAAGGUGAAUCAUCUAACUCCAUGACAGAAGACUCUUUAAAUGAGACAGAACUGCCAGCGGUUUCAGAAGAAGACGGUAAGAUUGAGCAAACGUCCCCCGAUGCUGCGGCCCGUCUGGAGAACAGCGUGCUGGGAGGAGCCUCCGUCGUCAAUGACGACCUGGUGGACAUGUCUUCUGUGAGUGACCAGAACCAAGCGAGUGACGCUGAUGACAGCCAAGAGGAGUCCUCUUAUGCUUCAGCUGCAGCCGGAGAGGAAGGGGGGGAGGUGGCUAAAAAGGAAGAAGAUGAUGACCGAAAGAAGGAUGAUCAAGAAAGUCAUAAGAUGAAGACUGAUGAAGGAAAAGACGAGAAACAAGAAGUUCAAGAAAAAAAUGAAGAAAGUGAAGCAGAAGAGAAACAGGCGUCUAUGUCGGAGAGUCAGGCUCCUCCAGCUGAAACACCUGAACAAAGUGUGACAGAAACACCCAAAGAAAUAGUUGAAGAUGAACAGUCUUCCUCCAUCACUGAACCUGCCACUGCAGACCAGCAGCCCUCAGAUACAACAGCGCCCUCUACAGCACAGGAGGCUGCAACAGCAUCAGACUCAACAGCCCCUGGCCAGCCUGCAGAGGCCAGCGGCACCACUGAAGAGGGAACCCCAGAGAGCUGCACCGCCGCCUCCAACCCUGACGCCCAGAAGAGUGCGGACUCUGUCAGCAAGACCAAAGAGAUCAAAAUUGCCCGACUGGAUGUGUCGAAUGUGGCCUUAGACACGGAGAGACUUGAAUUAAAGGAGACCUCUGCAACGGAAACAAGCCAAGGCCAGCCAGCAGCAGCAGCAGGAGGAGCAGGAGGUCCUCAGAGGGAGGGCAGCACCUCUGCUCCUCGCUCCACCAUGUUUCGUAUCCCAGAGUUCCGCUGGUCCCACAUGCACCAACGCCUCCUCGCUGACCUGCUCUUCUCUAUCGAGACAGAUGUCCAGAUGUGGAGGAGUCACUCCACAAAGACAAUUCUGGACUUUGUGAACAGCAGUGAGAACGUCGUGUUUGUCCACAACAGUAUUCACCUCAUCUCCCAGGUGGUGGACAACCUGAUCAUGGCUUGUGGAGGCAUUUUACCUCUGCUCUCCGCUGCCACCUCCUCCUCUCAUGAACUGGAGAACAUCGAGCCCUCCCAGGGCUUGUCGGUGGAGGCUUCAGUCACCUUCUUGCAGCGUCUCAUCAACCUCGUUGAUGUCCUCAUCUUCGCCAGCUCCCUCAACUUCACCGAGAUAGAAGCAGAGAAAAACAUGUCGUCAGGAGGCAUCCUGCGACAGUGCCUUCGCCUCGUCUGUGCUAUGGCAGUGAGAAACUGUCUGGAGUGUCAGCAAGCCCAGUUUAAGCACGGGGCAGAAACCGCAGCUCGCAGCUACACGGCCAUGCCCAGCAGUUCGCUCGGAGCGGCCAUGUCUGCAGCCGCACAGAGUCCUGUUGAUGCAGUGACAGGUGGACUGUCUCCAGUCAGAGACCUGGACCGGCUUCUCCAGGACAUGGACAUUAACCGCCUCAGGGCCGUCGUCUUCAGAGAUAUUGAGGACAGUAAGCAGGCUCAGUUUCUGGCGCUUGCCGUUGUCUACUUCAUCUCAGUCCUCAUGGUGUCCAAGUACCGCGACAUCCUGGAGCCCCACAAUGACAAGAAACACCCUCAGCGGUCCCAGUCUGCCAGGAGCACAGACAGCGGUGCCAUUUCUGGUGGCCUGGAGGUGGAGAAUGGCGUCUCUCUCCGGCGGUAUGACUCUGGCAUCGGUGACGACCACACCUCGACCGCAGCCAGCGAGGCGGACCUGUCAUCCUCUGGCGUGACUCACGGCCCAGACGCCAUCUCAGAGGCCCUGUCGACGCUGUCUUCUGAGGUCAGACCUUCCCUGCCCGCUGAUUCAAAGGGCAAGAAUGUGAAGGACAUUCUGCGCAGCCUGGUGAGCGCUCCGGCUGAUGAUAUCAUGGUGGACCCAAGUCUGCUGCCACCAGCGUUCAUAGGAGGCGUGGGCGACGCGGCCAGAGAGUCAUCGCUGCAGUUUCGUUCCUUUGAUAGAAGCGUCGUCGUUGCACCUAAGAAAGCGGGCAUGGCACCAUCUCCAGCCACCUCCACUACCGUCCCAGCAGCCACUGCUGCGUCCGUGUCUGGUGGGACACCUAUGGACAGCGUGGCCGUAGUCUCUUCUGGAGACGCCUCCCAGAGCUCCUCUGCAGAGUCUGCAGCCACAGGCGGCCAGGUUCCAGCCAGCGCUAGCCUGCCAUCUGUCCCCCCACUCUCCCCUGUGACCCAGAACACAGCCCCCAAUAUGAGUAUCUCAGAGCGUCUGGAGCAUGCUCUUGAGAAAGCAGCCCCUCUGCUGAGAGAGAUCUUUGUGGACUUUGCCCCCUUCCUCUCUCGGACCCUGCUGGGCAGCCACGGACAAGAGCUCCUUAUUGAGGGCACGAGUCUGGUGUGCAUGAAGUCCAGCAGCUCAGUCGUGGAGCUCGUCAUGCUUCUGUGUUCACAGGAAUGGCAGAACUCCAUCCAGAAGAAUGCCGGUCUGGCCUUUAUAGAGUUGGUCAACGAAGGCAGGUUGCUGAGUCACACCAUGAAGGACCACCUAGUUCGCGUGGCUAAUGAAGCCGAAUUUAUCCUGAGCCGACAGAGGGCCGAAGACAUCCAUAAACAUGCAGAGUUUGAGUCGAACUGUGCUCAGUACGCAGCGGAGAAGCGAGAUGAGGAAAAAAUGUGCGACCAUCUGAUCCGAGCAGCCAAGUACCGCGACCAUGUGACAGCCACACAGCUCAUCCAGAAGAUAGUCAACAUCCUGACUGACAAACACGGAGCCUGGGGAAGCUCGGCCAAAAGCCGGCCGAGGGAGUUCUGGCGCCUGGACUACUGGGAGGACGAUUUAAGGCGGCGACGUCGCUUCAUCAGGAACCCCUCCGGAUCCACUCACUCAGAGGCUACGCUCAAAGCCGCGGCCGAACACGCAUCCGAGGAGGAUAUCCUCAAAGGCAAGCAGUCCAUCAGGAGUCAAGCUCUGGGAAAUCAAAACUCGGAGAGUGAGACAUUACUUGACGGGGACGAUGACACUCUGUCGUCCUUGGAGGAGAAGGACCUGGAGAACCUAACAGGCCCAGUAAACUUGAGCACCAGCGCUCAGCUGGUGGCUCCGGCCGUGGUAGUGAGAGGCACCCUGUCCAUCACCGCCUCCGAGCUCUACUUCGAGGUGGACGAAGACGAGCCGGGCUUCAAGGCCAUCGAUCCAAAGAUUCUGGUCUAUACAGAAGGUCUUCAUGGAAAAUGGCUGUUCACAGAGAUCCGUGCCGUGUUUUCCAGACGUUACCUACUGCAGAAUACUGCUCUGGAAAUCUUCAUGGCCAACAGAACUGCAGUCAUGUUCAACUUCCCAGAUGCAGCCACGGUCAAGAAGGUGGUCCACAGUCUUCCUCGUGUUGGCGUUGGCACGAACUUUGGCCUUCCACAGACCAGACGUAUCUCUCUGGCCACACCAAAGCAGCUCUUCAAGGCGUCCAACAUGACCCAGCGCUGGCAACGCCGCGAGAUAUCCAACUUUGAUUACCUCAUCUAUCUCAACACCAUCUCUGGCCGAACAUAUAAUGACCUAAACCAGUACCCGGUCUUCCCCUGGGUUAUCACCAACUACGACUCGGAGGAACUUGACCUCACUCUGCCCAGCAACUUCAGAGACCUGUCCAAGCCCAUUGGUGCUCUGAACCCCAAGAGGGCAGCAUUCUUUUCAGACCGAUACGAGUCCUGGGAGGACGAUCAGGUGCCCAAGUUCCACUAUGGCACCCACUAUUCCACUGCCAGCUUCACCAUGAUGUGGCUACUGCGUCUCGAACCCUUCACCACGUUUUUCCUAAACUUUCAAGGAGGGAAGUUUGACCACGCUGACCGCACCUUCUCCUCGGUGUCCCGAGCCUGGAGGAACAGCCAGAGAGACACAUCUGAUGUUAAGGAGCUGAUCCCGGAGUUCUUCUACCUCCCUGAGAUGUUUGUCAACGCCAACAGUUACACUCUGGGAGUGAUGGAGGACAAAACUGUGGUCUCUGAUGUGGAGCUGCCGCCUUGGGCCAAGACCCCGGAGGAGUUUGUACGCAUCAAUCGCCUGGCCCUGGAGAGCGAGUUUGUGUCCUGCCAGCUCCACCAGUGGAUCGAUCUGAUCUUUGGCUACAAGCAGCAGGGACCUGAAGCCACCAGAGCCCUCAAUGUUUUCUAUUAUCUGACCUACGAGGGCACAGUCAACCUCAGCUCCAUCAACGACCCCAUGCUCAGAGAGGCUGUGGAGUCUCAAAUCAGGAGUUUUGGACAGACACCCUGCCAGUUGCUCAUCGAACCACACCCACCCAGAAGCUCUGCCAUGCAAGUGACCCCGAUGAUGUUCACGGAGCAAAUGCAGCAGGAUGUCAUCAUGGUGCUGAAGUUCCCAUCCAACUCUCCCGUGACCCACGUAGCGGCCAACACCCAGCCAGGUCUCACAUCACCUGCCAUCAUCACGGUGACCGCCAACCGACUCUUUGCCGUCAAUAAGUGGCACGGCUUAACAGGUCAUCAGAGCUCAACGGUGCAGGACCAGCAGUACCAACUUCCUGUGGAAAUUGACCCUCUGAUAGCCAGUAACGUUGGCAAUCAUCGUCGUCAGAUCUCAGACCUGCUCGAUCAAAGCAUCCAGAUCAGCUCGCAGUAUUUCGUCAUCACAGCCGACAACCGCUUCAUCCUUCUGUGUGGCUUCUGGGACAAGAGCUUCCGGGUUUACUCCACCGAUUCAGGCAAACUGACUCAGAUAGUGUUUGGGCAUCGUGACGUGGUGACGUGUCUGGCUCGCUCCGAGUCGUACAUCGGAGGAGACUGCUACGUCCUGUCAGGCUCCAGAGAUGCCACCCUGCUGCUGUGGUACUGGAACGGGAAGCACAACAGCAUUGGAGAGAGCCCAGGCACAGCGUUUACCACACCACGGGCCAUCUUAACAGGCCAUGACUGUGAAGUGACAUGUGCAAGUGUGUGUGCGGAGCUGGGCCUCGUCAUCAGCGGCUGCAAAGAGGGUCCUUGUCUGAUCCAUUCCAUGAAUGGGGACCUGCUGCGGACCCUGGAGGGCCCCGAGCGCUGCCUGCGGCCUCGUCUCAUCCAGUCCUCCACUGAGGGACACUGCAUCAUCUACUACGACAAGGGACAGUUCUGUCACUUCACUAUCAACGGCAAACUGCUCGGACACAUGGAGAUGGAAGACAGCAUCAAGGCCAUGUAUCUGAGUCGGGAUGGCCAGUAUCUGCUGACAGGCGGAGAUGGAGGUGUAGUUUCUGUCUGGCAAGUCCACGACCUCAAACAGCUGUUCACCUACCCAGGCUGUGACGCAGGAAUCCGCUCUAUGGCCAUGUCACAUGACCAAAGGUGCAUCAUCACUGGCAUGGCGUCUGGAAGCAUCGUGCUCUUCUACAACGACUUCAACAGAUGGCACCACGAGUACCAGACGAGGUACUGAGCCCACGACAGCAGCUUUACUUGACUGGCAAAGAUCCAAAUGGUUGAAAGUGUGAACUCUUAUCAAAGGCACUAUUCUGUCUAUAUCCUGAUAUCCUGAAUGUAUCUCAAUGAAAGAAGAAAAAAAAAACCUGUCCUGUUAUAGUAAAAGAAUCAAAACUAUUUUUAAAAAAGGGCAUUGCUAUAUUUUGUAGAUCAGAUAGAAAACUUUCAUAUGAAUCACAGGGUGGGGGUUAUGUUACUGUACGGUUAAAAACAAAUCUAUUUUUAGCUGUAAGAGUCUAUUUUCAUCUCCUCCGAAAAAAAACAAAAGCGGGAUUUGUGGGGAGCUAGUGAGAACCUUUUCUCUUGACUUAAAAAUCCAAAUAUUUGUGUACUUUAGGGUGAGUGAUUUUUUUGUUCUUCCUGUAGGUGUGUAUGUGGGGAAUAAUUAUUAAGCUAUCAUUCACUUUUAACAUGCUUUUUUGGCAACACAACCAGUAGAUAUGAAACGUUUGAAUAAAUAAUAACUGUAUUUGACAGAAGGAUAAAAAAAGAGGGAAUAUACAUAUAUAUAUAUAAGUAUCUAUAUAUUCUGUUUAAAUGUAGUCCUCCAUAUUUAAAAUCUUCAUUCCCUCUGUACAUCUGUGCUUGCUAAGAGAUUUCUGUGCAUGGCUCACUACUCAUAUAAAACAUAUCAGUGCAGACCUAUCGCAAUAUCAUUUAAUACUUCAAAACAUUAAAAGAUUUUCCCACCCGGUGAUAUUAAGAUGAGCUUUAUGUAGAGAAGGCUGUAAGGAAAAACCAUGUCAAGGAUUUUGCUUUUACAUUUCUUUCUCAAAUGACUGAAGUAGCAAAGAGUGAAUCCCUAGUUCGGAUUCUUGAAGUGGGGUUGUUGUAUGAGGAACCUAUCCAGAAAACAUAUUUUAGCAACCUAAAAAAAUCUGUUUAGUUACAUGCUAUAUUUAAAAAUCUUCACCAGCUGAAGCUGGUGUGGUCAUCUAUGUUCUCUUCAAAGCCACUAGACUCCAUUGACAAACAGUCAUUUUUACCUCACAGCAUACAGAAGUUGUUGAUCUACUGCGGCCUCGACCUCUUAGUUUGUUUGUGUAAGUCUGGAUUCACCAAAGUCACACAAUAACAAACUUACCAAUUGAGCCAGUGGUAGACCAAUAACUCAUGUAUUCUGCAAGGUAAAAUUACUGUUUUAUUCCAAGGAGUUUGGGGGAUUUGGAAAGAGCAUAGAUAUAUCUAUACAUAGUUCCUCGUCAAAAAGGGCUGCCUGACAGCAAGGUAAAGUGGUAAAAACAUUGUUAAUAUAGCAUACAUUUAAACUGAUAUUAAUUUUUUUAAGGUGGCUAGUAUAUAUUUCUUGCCUGCUUCCCCAAACUGAAAGCAUACCCACCACCAUCUCUGUAGGCAAUACACUGACUAUGAAUAAAUUCCACAUACAACCCCAUUUCAAAAUUUCCUAACUGUCCCUUUAAUGUUCAUGAUGAAAUGACUGAGUGUAUGACAUCACUAAUCAAUCGCAUCACAUCACAUCAUAGCCAGUGCCCGAGCCAGCUGAGCAUCUUUCAAGUCCUCUUUGAGUCCUGUCUCUCUAACAGCAAAGUGAGAUGUGCAAUGACAGGAAGGACUUUUUUCUAAUUCAGUCUGAGGUUCUUCCUCUUUUUCUUUUAUUACAGGAUGAGUGAUUAUGUUAAAAUUGAGCACUAAAAUGUUAUGACAUAUAUUCCUUUGGUCAUCACUAAAAUAAACGUCCACUUGUAUGUUUUGAUUUUGGGGGAAACAUUCCUUUAAAGUUGCGCUUUGAUGUGGUUUGAAUCUCCAGUUAUAUGAGAACUGCUGUUAUCUAUCAACCAAUUUUUUUUUGCAAUCAUGUUUUGUGUUUUGUGUGCUGAGUUCUGACAAUAAAAUGGAAUUUUAUAACUUGAA